AUGGCCAGAUUGGCCAUACCCAUAAGUGAAUUGGAGAUAGAAAGAAAUGAACURCAAUGUUUGGCUGACAAGCGUGUUGAAAUUUUAAAACGAGAAAAAAGAGAGAAAGAAAAAAGCCAAAUGAAUAUACUAAGUUUAGGAGUUGAUGAAAAACGAAAGAUAUUGGACUUAUCGAAUAAAACAAUUGAAAAUGGUGAGGUCAAGAUAUCGGACUGUAAAGAUCUUUUCGCUGAAGCCGUUCUCGUGAAAAAUAUGUUAGAUAACUGCACUCAAGUACUAUUGGAUUGUUCGCGAAGUGUGAUGAUUGAAAACUACGGGAAACCUCUAGUGAAACUAAUAGAAGAAGAACAUGAAGUGUCAUCGGCCAAC